CUCUCACCAGGUGGCGGAGCGGUUCUUCCUGUGCACCAAGCACGUGCAGGUGACCAAGGUUCGCUGGCACCCCGAGUCAGCCGGCGACUGUCACCUGGUGGUGCUCUGCUCAGACAACUACCUCAGGGUGUACGACGUGUCUUCGGACCUGCAGACUCCCAGUCAGGCGCUGCCUCUGGGCGCCACACACUCGGCCUCUCUUGGAGGACGGCCCGGCUCGUCCUUCGUUCGCUCGCUGGGAGAGGUGGCGGUGUCGUUUGCCUUUGGAAACCGUCCACCGCCGCCACCGCCGCCGGCUGAUGGGCAGGAUCAGCAGAAAGAGGAUUUGCGGGAGCCACUUCCAGUGUACAUACUGCGAGGCAACGGAGACAUAUACAUCACCUGCAUCAACUUGGCAGCUUCCAGGGAGCGUUUCCAGGUGCUGGGUCCGGUGGCGAUGCACCCGGCGGCAGAGGACAACUACGGUACGGACGCCUGUGACCUACUCUGUGUCGGAGGCGGGUCGCCGGCCGUGCUCGUCGUGGCCACGCCAACCCGCCUCUACCACUGCGUCGUACUCGACAGACCCGCCGACGAGGCCGACGAUGGCGUGGCCUCUGAAGCCUCCUGGUCGCGGUACAGCUCGUGUUUGUCGCUCGAGCCGGCCGCCAUAUCGCUGUACGUCUACGAGAGCGUCGAGCCCGACAUGGUGCUGGCGCCGGCUGACGAUGACGACGCGAUGACGUCACCGAUCCGUCUGCACCGCGACCCGGCCUCCGACUGCAGGUAUUUCUGCAGCCACGCGGCCGGAGUCCAUGCUGUCGCCAUGCCGCUGAUCGCUGCCUUGGAGAGGUUUGCCUCGCAGCCCGAGACCAGUGACGAGCCACUGGGCGAGCACCCGUGUAUCGUGGAGCACCUGGUGUCCACCCGACCCGUGAGCUCCGCCCCGGCCUGCCCCGUGAUCGGCCUGUCGGUCAUACCCCACCCGCUGCUGAUGGUGGUUCUACUGGCCACUCACGAGGUGCUGCUGCUGCCGCUGGUGGCCAAGUUCAGGCCGCCGGCGCCGACCCUGGCUGAGGAGGAUGAGAGCGCCGGCUCCGUGGGACCGGCCCAGGAGAGCGAGUCUUUCUCGGCUCACAUCCGCCGCCUCCUGGAGCGCGGAGACAGCGUGCCGGUCCUGCGCGCCGCCGCCGAGCCGGCCUCCAGCGCCGAGCGACUGGAGCUGGCCUCUCGCGCCGCGCACCGGCUGCGCACAGAGUACAUACAGCGCCAGCAGCUGGCGCGCGCAGCUCUCCAGCAGCAGACGGACGCGCUGCGCCGGCUGCAGCAGCAGCAGCUGUCCGAGGCGCAUCAGCUGGAGCAGCAGCAGCAGCGGCUGCACAGCCGGGCGCUGGAGAUCGUGGACCGGUGGCGGCAGCUGGAGGAGAGCCACAGGACUCUGCUGGACCGUGCGGAGACGGUGUUCCGCCGGUGCCAGCAGGGUGUUCCCGUACUCUCGGACGCCGAGAGGGCCGUCUCGCGCGAGCUGAAAGAGCUCGGCGACAUGUCGGAGCUACAGGCGCGGCUGGACGCCCUCCAGGCCAAGUUCGACUAUCAGAAGAGACAGGUGUCCCUCCAGCAGGUCAACGAGCAGCGGCAGGACCAGCAGCUGGCGGCGCUGUCUUCCGCUCAGCGUACUCUGCUCAAAACCGAGCUGGCCGCUCAGGGUGAUCAGAUCGCCGCACUGGUCCAGACCGUGCUGGCCGCCCGAAAAACGCUCGGGGUUUGAUC